AUGAUGUGUGUAUUCCAAAUAUCGAAAGAGUUGCUGAAAGGGUACAACAGGAAGGUAAGGAUAAAUAACUUCAGCAGAUACGUAAAUACAUCUUGUUCAAAAGAAGGAAUAAAUAAAAAAGAGAAAAAUGAAUAUAUAUUAUCAUUAGAUGAAGCGUUGUAUUUGUCUAAAGAAAUGGGGAUUAAGACCACAACAGAAAUACAAAAAAUAAUCAUGAGAUCACCCCCUUUUUCUGCAGACACUAGCCCAUUUGUUAUUGAGAAUUUUUUAAGUAUAGUAAACAAGCAAAAAGAUUCAUUGGAAAUAAAUCGAAUUGAUGAAAAGAUUAGAGAGCUAAAAAUGGAAGACGAAGAAGAGAAAGAAAAAAAAAAGGAAGCUUUUUUAAAUAGUACUGAAACAAGUGAAUGCGCAAAUAAAUUAAGUGAGAGUAUUAUUAACAAGAUUCUCACUGAAAAUUUUAAUAAAAAAAGGGGAAAAACAUUUAUUCAUAAUAACAUGGAAUGGUUAGAAGAAUCAGAAGGUAUAGGCACGAAUAAAAGAUCUUGUGCAUAUGUUUAUAUAAAAAGGGGUACAGGUGUUAUCAAAAUAAAUAACCAAGAAGAUUUAUAUAUCCGCUGGCCUUAUUUUUACAAUAGAAUGGAUGUGGUAGAACCCUUUUAUUUAACAAAAACAGCAUGUGUAUAUGAUGUAUUUAUAAAAUUAAAAGGAGGAGGCAUAAGCGGACAAUCAAAAGCUGCUAGAUUAGCAAUAGGAAGGGCUUUAGUGAACGCGUGCCCAUAUAUUUAUGAUGAACUAAAAGAACAUGAUAUUUUGUACGAAGACAUGAGACAGAAGUUUCCGAAAAUGCCUGGAAGGAAAAAAUCAAGGGCUAUGAAGCAGUGGUCAAAAAGGUAA